AAGAGGUGCAGAUGUUAAAGCACUUGGUUUGUCCGAGGGAGCUGGUCAAACGCACUAUUUCGCGACGAGAACGGGGAAAUGGUGUACAGGGAAAGGUGCAGCUGCGCGGACGACGCAAAGCAGCCCAGCGGGCGAGUAUGAUAAGAUGCCGGUCCUCAGUGUUCUCUCCACGCUGUUGUACUUUAUAUCAAUGCCUGUGCCUUGGGCCCUCGGCCAUCCACACAUCACCCCCUGCAGACUGAGUCAAAGCACAGCUCUAUGUAACAGCUACGGGCUCUCUUCUGUUCCAAGUGACUUGCCACAACAAAUAGAAGAGCUGUUUCUAAAUCAAAACUUUGUCUUAACGUUACAGAAUGAUUGUCUCUCACGGUAUGCUUCCCUUCGCCUCUUCAGCUGCGCAAGCAACAGUUUAAGGGCAGUUGAGGAGAAAGCUUUCUCCAGUUCCCCACUGAUAGAGAGCCUCAAUUUGGCCAAUAAUGAGCUCCACAAUGGGCAUAAGCAGUUUGCUCAGUCUCUGAGCUCUUUGACCAGGCUAAGAACUCUGGAUUUAUCUAGUAAUGGACUCACAGAGGAUAUGGUUUCUGAUCUGCUACAAAACCUCACGUCUCUUGAGUUUCUGUAUCUUUCUGGGAACGUUCUGCUCAGGUUAGACGAAUCCACAUUUAGAGACCUUUACCAGCUGAAGGAACUGAAUCUAGAGAGAAAUCUGCUGUUUGAAAUUGAUGGGGCAUUUGAUCACCUAAAAAAGCUCCAGCGGCUUAACUUGGCCUUUAACUCUCUGCCAUGUUUGGUGAAGUUUGAAAUGACCCAGUUGGUGAUGCUGAACGCCAGCCACAACCUUAUUGAAUGGUUCAUAACCAAUUCAGACCUCACAGAGAUCUUUCAGCUGGAGACGCUGGAUCUGUCCAACAACCGGCUCCUGUUUUUCCCCUUCCUUCCCACUCACAGUCGCAUUAGGUCAUUGCUACUGUCCAAUAACCAGAUUAACUUUUAUAGUCAUCUAGCAGUGAACAAUUCUUCAAACUGGACCACUAAUGUUGAGUACUAUAACAUGGGCAGAAAUGCCAGCAACAUUACAGCAGACCUCUGGGAUGAGAGCCUUCAUGGAGAUAUCUCAUCGGUGCAACUGUUGGAUCUCAGUGGGAACCAGCUGAGAUACUUCCCUGAGGGAUUCCUUCAGAAAAUGCCUCACCUCUACUGGUUGAGGCUGAGAAGAAACUGCUUAGAAUCCCUCAAUCUAACAGCAGAGGGUAUGCCAGCCACUCUAUAUGAGCUGGACGUAAGCAACAAUAGACUUAUGGAGCUUCACGCCCAGCCAAGUUCAGCCAGUGUACUUAAUAACCUUACACAUCUGAACUUGAGCUUAAAUGACAUUCAGAGGCUUCCCCCUAGAGUCUUCAAUACCCUUCCCAGUCUCAGUACUGUGGACCUUAGUUAUAACACAGUAGGUAUAUGUCAUUCCGGAGAGGUCAGUGACUCUGACUCUUCAGCUUGUGCUGUUUGGACAAAUCAUUCUUCCUUGAAACAGCUCUACAUUGCUGGAUGUAGCAUACAAAAUCUGCCGCCUUUGGUUUUUGAGGGUACACCAUUGACACACUUAGAACUAUCUAACAACCCAGACUUGCUCAUUGGCCAAGACUGUUUAUCAGGUCUCAGUGGAACCUUGCAGCACCUGGGAUUGAGCAACACAGGUCUGCAAAACUUUGACUUCUCACCAUAUAAACAUUUGAAAUUUCUCAACAUCUCCAAAAACUCAAUAUGGGAGCUACCGAAAUCUCUAUUGAUGUUGAACUUGAAGCUUCUGGACUUGAGGAAUAACAUGCUAUCCACCAUCCAAUCUGAACAUGCGACUGCGAUUGCAGAAAGGGUUCAGAUUGUCUAUGUAAAUGGAAAUGCUUUUAAUUGCUGCCAGUUAGAAUGGUACAGGACGUUUGAGGAAUCAAAAGCCCUCCGUGCUGUUGAUCUCUCAGAGGUUACAUGUAUAGACCUACACCGCCAGAGCCGAAAAGCCAUGUUUUUUGACUCUGUCGAUUGUGGCAGCCACAGCACAGAGGAGUCAAUUUUCUGGUACAUUCUGCUCUUUUUAUGUGUUUGCCUGUCCCUGGUGGGCAUCUCUGUCAUUUAUUUACUCACAUACAGGCCAAAAGUGCUGCCUCGUGCAAUUAAAAAGAAAUGUUGGAGGCCCACGCCAUACUAAACAAACACAGCCAACACAGAACUGGUUGAGUAAAACUACAGAUGUUGAAAGACCCUGACUUUUUGUAAUAAAGCAAUUGCAAGUUAUGUUUUUAGCUAACAUGAGAAUAUGAUUGUUAGCCUUUGUUACCAAAUGUAAACAGAACAUAUGAGUAUGUCUUACAUGCACUUUUUGUACAUUUUAUAUUCAUUAAAGUCAUAUUUUACACUCUAAUAAUUUUGUUUUAGGAACCACAUUCAUUAAGAUUUGGUUUUAGGCCUACAAUAAUGUACCUAUAUGGUUUCCUAAGUAACACAAGACAAACUGGAUAACAUUAAUAAGUCUCUUUUAAGAAAUAUGUGAAUGGCAGAUUAGAGUCAACAUGACUCAGGAAUUAUAACAUAUUUUCCUCCAUAACAUGACGUGUUUCAGAGUGAAAUGCGGUAUAAGGGAGGGUCUCCGAGCUAAAUGAGAAUUUUACUCGAUAAUGAGGUGAAGGUAAAACACAAUAUUUUUAGUUAAUAUUAUUUGUUCCCAGGUCAAAAAAGGCAGCGUCCCAACUUAGCCAUCAUCUUCAUCAAAGUAAACCAAAGUUAAUUGAUCUGCACAAAAUUCACUGAAAUUAAGCUUUUCUUUCAAUUCAAACUGUAAUUAUAUCAUGUAAGCACUGAUUCUUAUAUUUGGUUGGAGUUAUUACACACCAUGUCGAGCCAAAAUCAGAUUUUUACUGGAUCAUAUACAAACAAAUAGUUAGCAAGAAUAAAGUUAAAUAAAGAAAAUGUUCUUUACUUUAAGCAAGAAAAACAUUGUCAUUUGCAUACCUGUGAACUAUUUGUGUAGAUCUGUACACCUCAUUAAACAAGGUCUAAUAUAUUGCAUUCACAAAGGUUCAUUAAUAUUGUUCUAAAAGUUUGAUUAUUCCAAGCCAGGGACUGCCAAUUCCCCUUGCCUCUGGUCACAACAUUUAAAAUUUUGGACACUUAAAAAUGCAGAGCCUGUGCUUGCUUUUUCACAAACUUUUUUCACACAUACAGAAUUUUUUUCACACAUACAGAAACUUCUAAUAUUAAAAACAAAACAACUUUUCACUAGGCCUGGGCAACAUCUAAAACUACUUGGCAUAAUAUUGUUAAACACACAAACAGACUUCUUAAGCACACAUGCUUAUGCAUAUGCAUUAAAUGAUUUAAUAAAAACCGUUAGAUAAAUCAUAUUAAAUAUGCUGAAUGCUUGUUAAUUGUAAAUACAAUGUACAUGUUUCUAUAGUUCUGAAUUUUGGCCCAAUUAACCAUUAGCUUGUUGUAGUGUUGUUGUUGCUGUGGGCCAGUGCCAAUUUUUUUAUUACCUUUGUUCUACCCUUGUUCCAAACAUUUCUAUAUACUACUGAAUUUUAGCUUUUUAAACACAUACAAACCUACAUUUAUAACUGCAGUUAACCUGAAAGUAGCACAGAGAAUUAUAAUUACUACAAAUGGAUGUUAUGGUAUUUUAAAAUCUAUAUAUACAAGUCAAGUCUUCCUAGUUUCUUUUACUGGUAUAGCUGUAGGCCGCUAACUCAAAUAAAUAAGAUUAUUGCAUUAUCGCAUGUAGUUUGCAUUUUCAUUUUUCUUCAGCCAUUUCUGAUGUCAGGUAAACCAAGGCCAGAUGAGUCAGAAUUGUACUGGGAGUUUAGAUCACUUAGGUCAUGCGUAACCAUACACU